AUGGAGUCGACGGAGUUGCUUAAGAAAAUGGUUGUUGUUGGUUGUAGGCUUGAUGUGAUCAUUUAUGGGACUUUGAUGGAUGGAUUUUCUAAAACAGGGAAGAUAAGUGUUGCCAUUAAGUUGCAUAAAGAAAUGGCUAAGGGAAAUGAAGAAUCUGGUGUUAUUUGUAGGCCAGAUGUUGUUACCUAUAAUACUAUAAUUGAUGGUCUUUGUAAGGCUGGAUUAAUUGAGAAGGCUAGACAAUUGUUUUUUGAAAUGAAGAGUUCGGGAAUUAGUCCAGACGUAGUCACUUAUACCAUUCUAAUUCAUGGUUUUUGUCAUCUGGGCGAUUGGGAGAUUGUUAAAAGUUUAUUUAUAUCCAUGAUGGAUCAAGGUGUGCGGCCUUGUGUGGUGACAUUUAGUGUGGUCAUAGAUUUUCGUUGCAAGAAAGGGAAAUUGGACGAAGCAAAUAGGUUGUUGCAACUUAUGAUUCAACAAGGUGUGGAACCUGACGCUUAUAUUUACAGCAUUUUAAUGAAUGGUUAUUUCUUGGCAGGUAGAAUUGGUUAUGCAAGGGAGUUGUUUGACUCUAUAACUAGAGAGGGGUAUAGAGCUGGUGUUGUAUGCUACAGUACUUUAAUCAAAUGGUAUUGCAAGAAUAAAAUAGUCAAUAAAGCUCGUAGUCUUUAUCGAGAGAUGAUUUCAGAAGGAAUUAGGCCUAAUGUGAUUGUAUAUACCACUUUGAUCAAUAGGCUAUGUAACAGUGGACAACUGGAAAACGCAAAUGAGUUGUUGUCAUAUAUGGAGGAAAAAAGUUGUGCUCCAGAUGAGGUCACUUUUGGUAUGCUGAUGUUUGGUUUCCUAAAAAAUAACGAGAUACCAAAAGUUGUUGAACUCCUUCAUAAAAUGGCGGAGAGAAAUUUGAAGCCGACUGAAUUUAUAAUGUCCUUAGUCAUGCAGUUACUUGUGAAGACCGAAAAUUAUCGUGAAUGUUUGAACCAACUUCCUCAAUUUUUGGUCCAAAAGUGA